AGGAGAGAUAAAGCAAAGAAGAAGAUCUAAGUCAUGUAGUGUAUAUAAACAUCGAAAUCUACACACAAUCUGAUCCAGCGAUGCAAUACACAUACUUCAUUAGGUGUUGGCAGUUUAAAAACACCACUCAAGAUCUCUAAUUUCCCAGCAAUUUUUCAGCAAUUGAAACCACUUCUUUCAGGGAUUUGCAAAACACAACUCUCUCUCUCUCUCCAUCAAAAUUACAGAAGCACGAGCAUGGGAAGCAGUUAUUUUGGAGAACCAAACAUGGGUAAUGAAAGAGAAAGCGGUUCUUCUAAUUCUUCAACAUCAUCAUCAUCAAGAAAAGGAAGGAAGAACAACCCAGACAAACCAAAGCAACCACAGAGAGGACUCGGAGUUGCUCAAUUGGAGAAAAUCAGAUUACAUGGUCAAAUCACCAAUGGCUUUCAUCCUUACCCAUCUAAUUUCAACAACGAAGAUCCAAGAGUGCAAAUAGCAUAUUCAUCUGUUCCUUCAUCAUCUUUUGCUUACUCUUCGUCUUCUACACCUUACACAGCUUCAUAUGGCUUCCAACCCAACAUUGCGAUGGGUCUAUCCGAUAAUGAGAAAAAAAGCAUCAGAUAUGGAGAUUCUCAGACGAAUAAUACAGCAAGAUGGGAACAAGCCAACGCCAUCUUGGAGAGCCAGUCAUCUGUUCAACCUAACAUAACUCGACCUUUUAUAAACCUAAAUGACUCGCAAGACAUAGAUACCAUGAAGCGUAGAAGUGGUUCCGUAGGCUCUAUCAGUCUCAAUUCUGAAUCAAGUGACACUCAAGAACCAGAUUUGGAGCUCAGAUUAUCUCUUUGAUCUGCCAUUGGAAAUGUAAUGCUUUUUAUUUACAAUUUAGAAUUGCAAAAGCACAAAAAUGAACAAAACAACAUAUAUGUGUUUGUUUUAGUUCCGGAGAUGAUAUCUUGGGUAAUGGAAAAUAGACUGACUCUGCAUAUAAAUUAAUGCAAGACUUCCCUUUUGCAUAAAUUCUCAAAGAAAUGAGAAGUUGAAUAGCUAUUUCAUU